UUCGGUUGUACAUGGCUUAUUACAAGAACGGGAUAUUGAUCGCCAGGGACACAAACCCAUUCGUCAGAAACUAAUUGGUCUUUGCAGAAGCCACGAUCGUCCGCUCAACGAGGAACAUGCAUUGGUAUUUGAGGAAACUGCAAAGUGCCAUCGGAUCCAUUCAAUGGUGGUUCUGAUGGAGGGAAAAGUGUGCUUCCGUGUUGACAUGUGUAUAUUAAGCUGAAAUCUCGGAAUCUCUGUGUUGAAAAGUGCUUCUGCUUUUGAAGCAAGCCAAAAAGGCUGGAUCGAAACUCAGGAGCUUUUUGAAUUUUUGACAAAAGUAUCCUCUGUAAGUUUGAGAUUCGGUGUUACAAAGGACUGCUGAUUUAUACGAAACCAAAACGUGUGGAAUGAUAUAAACAACAACUAUAUUUUUUUCAUGAGGAUUGUACAUUAUUUCCGUUGAGAUUAUGUGUGUCGCGAAGUGCUGAUGUUCCAAAUGAAAGCUAGACUAUCGAUAUCAAAGUAAGGUUAAGCUACCUUUGUGACAAACUUGUCGGCUGUUUCGUAUUAAACGAUUAUGUGACAAAUUUAAAAUACUCAAAACCAGAAAUGUCAUAAUUCUUUUGAGGAGGUUAACACCUGGGACAUCGUCUGUGUUUUUUGGAAUAUAUGAAAAAGGUUUAGUGAUACUUGUUAAUAUUUUUAGCUACAGUUGUCCGUUUAAAUAGUGCACUAAAAUACAUAUGUACAUAAAUACAUAGUCUAUGCAAAUUAGAUAUAACGAUCCAGUGUAACCACGAACGCUUAGUACAUAUUUUGAAUUUUAAGUCUUUUAUAUGAAUGCUCAGAUGGCAUUUUGUGUUUAAGUCUUGUUUUUACAGAAAUGCAUUUUUGAAUGUAAUAAUAGUUCACUCCAUAGUGAAGUUGGUUUCGUAUUAAAGCAAAUAAUUUCCUUGAAAUAUUCACAUUUUGUGAAUUUGUAAAUAACACAAUGUGUAAAAUAAAUAAAUAAAUAAAUAUAUAAAUAAGGGGAAACAACACUCAAAUUAUUCGUAUUGUUUGACGCAAUAAUCGGUGAAAUUGGUUUCAUAGACUAUACAUGAAAUAUAACAAGUCUCCUUUUUAUUAACAAUAAAGAAAAUGUUACAGACAUAAAAAGUAUAUAAUUAAUUUCUACACUAACAUACGGUAAAUUUAUUUCAAAACGGGUAACAAGUAAAAUCGCAAAUAAUUCAUAUUUCUUUUAUUUGUUUGUUCAGAAUGUUUCGUUUGUGUACCAGAAGAAACCUUUUCACAACAUGUCGACUUGCCAAAGUGGUUUUCGUGUUUUGUGUCUUACUGGCGUGCCUUCAUCUUCGCAAGUAUCCGCACUACACAGAGGUCAGUCACGUGGACGAUAUUGGAGCAUUUGAUAAACUCGUCAAGCCAAGUAAAAUUCAAUCGAUUCCGGAUAUUGUGUUUUCAAGAAAAGUCGGAUUGCAUCAACAAGUCCAUUCCUUCGAAGAGAGGCAAGCUGUUCGAGAAAUCAAUAAUUUUCAGAACAACUUCAAACAACAAACUUCUGUUGUUCCGAAACUACCAAAGGAACUGACUCUGCUUAUUGUUGUCUGCUCCCACCCGUCUCACGUGCACCUCAGGCAGACGAUAAGGAAUACAUGGGCAGAAGGCGGAAAAGACAAUUCAAGUGUUCGAGUGAUAUUUUUAACUGGAAAGGCCAAUACUUGGACGGAAAUAAUACGGAGAGAAAAUAUUUUGCAUCAAGAUAUAUUACAAAUCGAUGUAAUAGAGAGUUACAGGAAUUUAUCCAAUAAAUUAAUUGAGGGGAUGGAAUGGAUUUCCAGAAACGUGCCCAGUGCAAAGUUUUACAUGAAAUGUGAUGACGAUGUUUUUAUCAAUAUCUCAUAUCUGUUGGCACUGCUUGCAAAUAGAAUUAUUGAUCAGCAUGAAAUAUUAGGAGCUUUCAGUUCUGGCGCCAAAGUUAUUCGAGACCCACGUGAUGCAUGGUCGGUGCCAUUCGCUAAAUAUCGGCUUCCAACUUUCCCGCCUUAUGUUACCGGAGGUGCUUACGUCAUGACUAUGGCGGCACUGAAGUCGCUUUUAAGGGCCGCUGUCACAACACCGUCAAUUCAUUUGGAGGAUGUGUAUAUUACUGGAAUGUUGGCUGCACGUGCGAACAUCAGUCACGUGGACAGCAGUGGCUUCUCUUAUUGGAUGAGUCCCAAAGCCAAACCAUGUGACAUAGUCACAAAUCGUAGAAUAGUCAGCGUAAACAUGGCGGAGAAAGAUAUAUUUCAGCUGCACGAAAGAGUGCAGGUAUUAAUUAGCACAAAUACGACAUUUUCUUGUAAUUCCGUAUGAAAUAAAACUUGUAUAUAUCUCGUG